GUAUCGACAAAUGACCGCAAAAUGCAUUUCAAAUCACGAUUUGUUGUCAUUUUAAUUGAAUCACUGUUUCGUUGAUUUGAUUGCAAUUCAUUGCAAACAUUAAUUGAAUUCAAUUAUGAGCUAAACAUUGAUUGUUAAACACAUUGUCAACACAUGUGUUGACUGUUUUGAUCGACAGAAACGAUGACUAAAAGGGAAAACAAAAGCGAAAGUAAACGACACUUCAAAUUAUGUCAUCAAAAUCUCUGUAUAUCACAAAUCAAUUUCCAAAAGGAGUCAUAUCUCGGUUUCGUUGAAUUGCAUGUCAUUUCACAAAGAGAUGACUUAAAGAAGAUUAAACUGAAUGCCAAACAACUGAAGAUAUAUCGGGUUUGCAUUCUCUACACCGCAGAAAAUCUCAUCAAAGACUGUCACUUCACAUACUCUGAUCCCACUCUCGAUAUCUCGCAAUCGGAAAGCAAACGAAAUUUAGACAACUAUUCGGUAUCGCAUUUGGCGGUUGUCCAGAGUGUAGAUCCCGAUCGCGGCAAUGGAGAGCUUAUUGUGGAAAUGCCUGAAGACAUACCUGAGAUUGUGAGCGCCGUUAAGGAGCGCAAAGUGAUUCGCCUUCACAUCGAGUUCGCGUGUGAGAGACCCAAAGGAGGCGUUCAGUUCGUUGUGCCUCAAAGUGAUGGCUCGCUAUCGGAAAGGGGGGCCCAUAUGUUCACAUAUAGGUAUGAAAACCUGAACCGCUUAUGGUUUCCAUGUGUGGACUCAUACAGCGAGGUCUGCACGUGGAGAAUGGACUUUACCGUCGAUCUCAAUAUGAUUGCCGUCUCGUGCGGUGAUCUCAUUGAAAGCGUUUACACUCCCGAUAACAAGAAGAAGACAUACCAUUACUGUCUGUCGACCCCCACGUGUGCGCCGAACAUAGCCUUAGCUGUGGGUCCGUUUGAGAUAAUGGUGGACCCGUUCAUGCAUGAGGUGACGCACUUCUGUUUACCACAUUUACUGCCAUUACUUCGAGAAACCUGUGCUUUCCUUCACGAAGCCUUCGAGUUCUACGAAGAACUGCUUUCCAGUCGUUAUCCAUAUUCUUGUUAUAAACAAGUGUUUGUCGACGAAUCCUAUGAGGAAUCGCAAUCUUACGCAACAAUGACUGUUCUAUCGACUAAUCUCUUGCAUUCAAGACAUAUCAUUGACCAAACAUACCAUUCCCGUCGAGUCCUAUCCCAUGCGGUCGCACAACAAUUCUUCGGCUGUUUCAUAACAAUGCAGUCGUGGUCUGACGCGUGGCUCCCGCGCGGCAUCUCUGCAUUCCUUGCCUUACAAUACUAUAAGAAGGCGUUUGGAAACAAUGAAUACCGGUUUGAUUUGUAUCAACAAUUACAAGAUGUCAUACAUUACGAGCAAAAGUACAGAGGAGUGGUGUUAGACCCGUCCCAUCAGAGUUCCAGUGAGACGAAUGCCUUCUACUUUCCAAUCAAACAUUUGCACACAAUAUCUCCGCUCUAUGACAGCGCUCACCACAAGAAGAGUUAUUUAGUGAUCCGUAUGCUUGAGAACUAUUUGGGCCGAGAGUUACUUUUGCAAGUGUUCAACAAAUUGCUUUCACUCGCUAUUAAUGCCGCGCCGCAGAAGUUCUCGGCCAGUGUUUGGUUUAAUUUUAUGAUAUCGACCAAUAGCUUCAUUUGGGCCAUCUCUACGGUCACCGGUAAGAACAUCGACACCUUCUUAAAGCAAUGGGUCUACGAUGGAGGGCACGCGAAGUUCCACUCAUCCUUUGUCUUCAAUCGCAAGAGAAAUACCGUUGAACUCGAGAUCAAACAAAUGGACAUUCAGUCCACUGGCAUCAAGAGAUAUGUGGGACCAUUGAUAGUGACGGUACAAGAAUUGGACGGAACUUUCAAACAUCCCGUUCAGAUUGAGGACAAUAUUACUAAACAUGACUUAACGUGUCAUUCAAAGAGUCGUCGCAAUAAGAAAAAGAAGAUCCCGUUGUGUACUGGAGAGGAAGUGGAUAUGGACUUGACUUCAAUGGAUCAAGACUCGCCGGUACUUUGGAUAAGAAUAGAUCCGGAAAUGCAAUUACUUCGUGAGGUAGUGCUGGAACAGCCGGACCAUCAAUGGCAAUACCAGUUGCGCUUUGAGAGGGAUGUGAUGGCGCAGAUGGAUGUCAUCCAUUUCAUCGAUAGAUUUAGUACUCCUCAGACGCGUAACGCACUCACAGACACUAUAAACAACGAACAGUGUUUUUAUAGAGUCCGGUGCGCCGCCACUCUCUGUCUCCGACGAGUGGCCAAUCAUAUGGCCAACACUUGGACGGGUCCGCCCGCUAUGUUGAGCAUCUUUCGCAAAAUAUUCGGAUCUCAUUCGUGCCCUCAUAUCAUAAAACUGAACAACUUUUCAAAGUUUCAGCACUACUUUCUCCAGAAAGAGAUGCCCUUUUCAAUGGCCGGACUCAGAAAUAUUCACGGAAUUUGUCCGCAAGAAGUGCUGAAAUUCUUAUUGGAUUUAUUCAAAUAUAACGAUAACAGUAAAAAUAAGUUCUCUGACAACUACUACAGAGCGGCACUAAUCGACGCGUUGAGUGAAACAGUGACUCCAGUGGUGACGGCUGUCAUAAACCCGACGGGACAGACAAUAGCGGGCGAAGCGCUCUCAAUGGACACCAAAUGCAUAUUAGAAGAGAUAACACGUUAUUUAAAUUUAGACAAAUUGUUGCCCUGUUAUAGACAUACAGUAACAGUGAGUUGUCUGAAAGCUAUCAGACAUCUGCAGAAAAUGGGUCAUUUGCCGAGUAAUCCCAUGUUUUUCCGCGAAUAUGCCAUCAGUGGUGUCUUCAUUGAUGUCCGAAAGGCAGCCCUAAAGGCAUUAAUAGACAUAACCAAAGCUGAAGUAAGAAAAGAUGAUUUGGAUUUUCUGCUCGAUUUGGUCGAAAACGAAUCCAUUCCUUCGAUUCGAUUAUAUAUUUUGAAACAAUUUGUCAAAAAUCCUCCGUUUGUUAAAAAUCAACAAAACAUUUUAAAUUCCGAAGAUCUGGUCGACCGGUUGUGGCUUCUGAUGAACUCCCAGUUAUCUUAUGAUUCAAAGAUUCGCUGCGCUGUCGUUGACUUCUACUAUACUCUAUACGGAAGGGGACGACCCUCUUGUCUACCAAAACCUGAAUUUUCAGUGGUUUUGAAUCUUAAAGAGAAGAAAGUGAGUACAGCACUCAUCACCACCGAUGAGUUAGAGCCACAAGAUUCGUCGAUUGACAGAGAUAUGGAAGUCGAAGACACUAAAGAUCUAUCCAAAGAUACAGAAGACAUGGAUAUACUUCCAGUGGAGGAACGAUUCGAUCAAAUUGUGAAAGAAACUGAAAUGAAUGAACACAACAAGAAUGAGAAGAGUCCACAGAGAAGUUCCGAACCACAAUUGUCUCCACAAAUGGCAGAACCCGAAGAGCAUGCGCUCGAAAGAGUGCCAACCGUUGGUACCGUUGAUGACGUGGAUGUGGCCCCGACUCCACAUAUUGAGAGUUUGCCAUCAGUUUCAUCAGACAUAACACCUCAACCAACCAUUUCAAGUAUCCCUCCGACCACUAGCGAAGUGGAACCGACUGUCAAUCCAUCAAAAGAGAAGUCAAAGAAGGAUAAGGAUAGGGAUGAAAGCGGCGGACAUUCCUCUAAACCACAUAAGGAUAAGAAGAAGAAGAAGAAAAAACACAAACAUAAAGAACACAAAGACAAACACAAACAUAAACAUAAGGAUAAAGAUCGGGAUCGAGACAGACAUCACUCGCGUGACAGGACAGCCAGUUCUGGGGGCAGUACUAACGCAUCGCCCGUUAAACACAUUUAAAACUGAAAUAAUUUCUAAUUGAUUUUAUUAUAUACUAAUAAAAAAAUAAUGUUUUCAUUGAUUAUAUAAGUUUUGAAAUAAGAGCCAAAAAUAUUGUUUACUUUAUAAGCC